AGAGCUGUCACGUGCUCCUCGCCAGGCCGCCACAGCUGGAAAUCAGGGCAGGACAGCUGCGCCACCACGGCCACCCCUUCCACCAGCUACUUACGCUUGGGCCAUCCAGGCACGGGCAUUGGCGCUGAAUGCCAACCGUUUUAGGUUUAGCGAGACAAUGGCUCGCGACUUCAUCCUCCUGAACAUUGCAAUGUCUGAACUUCACUUCUGCCUUUGACAAAGAAUCGUGCCGUUGAGCUCAAUCACCACAGCGUCUUCUCGGUCGCCAACAACAGCGGAUUGUCGACAUCCAUCUCUGCCGGCGCCAGAGUUCAUUUACUCGUCUUCGCCAAGCAUCCAACACCGCCCAUCCUUUUUUUUGCGGCGCGGUCUCCGAGAUCCUCCCUCCCUUUGUCGGCAAAACUUCUGUCGCGUUGAGGGCCCCCGUGCGCGUCAUUUCCGGCCAUAUCGCACCUCCUCCAAGUCCACCCUCAUCCAUGAAUGGUAUCCUUCCGCGCCGUCGCUUCGAGAUAUGAUGGUUGGAGGACGGAGGGAGCGAUAACAGGUAUUCUCUCUCGCAAUGACUCGAGCUCCUGGCGCGAGUUACGCUCAGUUCUUUCCUGCUGCCCCCCGGGUCGUUGCCAGGGACCGGACAAGGGAUCGGGAAGAUCGCGAAGGUCCCAAGGGAAACACCCUCGAUUCGUCGCCUUUGCCAGAUGAUACCACCAACGGCCACCUCACCUCGCUAGGCCCCGCGGAAUCCUGUCCACCUCAGCAGGACGGGCACAUCCCCCCGAGCGCUAUGGCUGGCACGAGAUUUUCGAGCAGCCAGCUCACCCCUCCAGCUUCCAACGACUCCCCCUCAUCCCAUCUCUCAUCAGCUGCCCAGCAGCCGUCGACGACCGUGCGAAACACCAACGGGUAUCACGGUCAUGUCCCAAUACAGAACGAACCGCUCCAGAAUGGCACGUCGAGUGUUCUGCCCAGCGUUCCCGAACGCACCUAUGCCCGAGACCCCUCACGCCCGAUUCAAACCGUCGUGUGCACAUAUGAUCCUCUCAUGGAUAAGAAGCUGCCGAGCGGUGAAAGAAUGAAAACAAAACCGAAAUAUAAGGAGUUUGGAUUGGACGGUCAAGAUGACGCUCCCCCCCAAGAUCCCCGCCUUGCAAAGGGUGGCCGCCUCGGUUACAUCAAUGUCGACUUCCACCAUGCGAAGGCGCGCCUGCGCCAGACCCCCUACAGUCUCAAGCAGUACAAAUACGACCCCAAAACGUCUUGCGGGCCCGGCCCUCCGACACAAAUUGUGGUUACAGGGUUCAAUCCUAUCACCCCUUUCUCAACGGUUACCACCUGUUUUGCUGCUUUUGGAGACAUUGCUGAGAGCAGCAACAAGCUACAUCCCGACAAUGGUAGUUACCUUGGUUUUGCAACCUUUAGGUACAAAGAUACGAAGCCGAAUAGGUCGCGGCCUCAAGUCAUUAGUGCCGCCGACGCAGCAAGAAAUGCGGUCCGUGCCAUGAAUAACAAGCAGAUUGCAGGGCGCCUUGUUCGAGUCGAAUUCGACCCUGACGGAAAGAAGAGCUCCGAAAUGCUCGUUCAGGCCAUCCGAAAAGACUUAGAAAGGCACAACAGUGUCCCAUCGACGGCGAGACCUAUUCCUACAGGUCCACGGGCUUGUGUCCCAGGACCUCCUCCUACUGCGCCGCGAGGUCCAGCUGCCCACAGAGCACCACCACCUCCGCCUGCUAUUGCCGGUCGGGGAGCGGGAGCGGGACCAGUGCCAGUGCCAGGACCGCCAUCAACCAGGCCCGUGUACGUGAUCGAGACUGAGAGCGUCAAGGACACGAUCCGGGAAGCGCCCUACAUCUUCGUCGCCCACGAGUACGUUCCAGUCCAGCCGUCAACGGUUAUGCACAUGAGGAAGCGCCUUAAAGUGUACGCCAUCGAGACUAUUCGUGCCGAUAAGAGUGGCUAUUACGUGAUUUUUCACAACAGCGACCGGGGUCGCCACGAUGUUGAACGUUGCUACAGGGCAUGCAAUCGGACACCUUUCUUCAAUUACCUUAUGGUCAUGGAACUCAACACCUACGGGUCGGAGGGCAGGGGCUCAAGGACAUCUCGAGAGCCUCGAAGACACAGUCGAAGUCCUGAGCGCAGGCGAGUAGACGACCAUCGAUCACACCGUGACCACGACCGAGGCCGACGUGAUGAGGAUCGACAGAAACGGGAGGAACAAGACCGACGAAAGCGUGAAGAGGAGUCACUGCUAAAGGAAGAGAAGGAUCAAAGAGCCAAGAACUUCGAUCCUGUAAUCGAAGCUACCAAUGUGGUAAUUCAACAGAUGAAGGAGCAGCUCAUCAGGCACAUUCGAACCAAGAUUGCGGCGCCGGCCUUGUUGAACUUUCUUGAUCCUGCCAACCAGGUGGCCAGCCGACGGAAGCACAACAUUGAAGACCCGCAUUCCUCCAAGCUCUCGAUCACUUUUGACGACUCCGAUACCAAAUCACCGGUUGGCACACCGAAUUCCAGAGCGGAUCCAAUCGAGAGGCGAACUGGUCGACUGGACGUGUCUGCGCUUCCCCGAAUUCGCAAAGCGAAAAAUGCUGCUCUCAACGCCCGCAAGCAUGCCUUCAACGACCCCUUUGCGCGCCACCGACCUCCCACCCAACGCUCGACGUUUCGAUCUCUUCAUGACCGCCUGCAAAGCGAUAGCGAUGAUGACUCGGAUGACGAGGUGGAUCACAGGUAUUUGAAUGUUCGGAAUACCGAUGAACCUGAAUCUCGACCUCGUAGCCGCUCGUCCACGGAUGACGAGGCUACCAAGGAAGACUAUGCGUCAUGGGGCCCGGCUGAGGAAGAUUCGAUGACGGAAGCCAGCUUUGCGUUGACCGACGGGCCGGCUCUUCCCCGAAAAAGAAAGCUGGACUUGCAGAUGGAGACGGCUAUCAAGCGGCAGAAGAAAACGGACGAGGAGCUUUUCGGAGUUACCAUCAACCGCGUCGACCCAGGUUACCCCUCGAGAGAGCUUUCGCCGGAGGAUAUUGUGCUCCCCGAUGCCGAACCCUUGGAGGAGAGGGACACUGAUAGUUCGCGGAUGCCGACACCUGUUCCUCAGGGGGGCAAAUCCAAAAAGAAGGCCACGAAAACCAAAAAGAAGUCCAAGAAACAGAUUUUCGAGGAACGUGAAGCCCUCAAGCGUCAGCAGGAAGAGAUCUUUGAGAAGGAGGCCUCUCUGGCUGCGGAUGAGGUCGAGCCCACACCCGAUGCUGAGCCUGAACCGGGCAUCAAGGAAGCUGCUCUUGACGAGGAGCCAGAUGUUGAGAAAGGAGAGAAACCUCGGAAACUGGACCUUGAUGAGAAGAUGUAUCCGUCUGAGAAGGUUCGCGCAUUUGAGCUUCCUUCGAACUUCAUUCUUAACGAAACUUCGCUUCGGGCUUCGGUUCUGCCUGCACUUUCCCACGCUGAUCUGCCGAAUCUGGAAAGAUUGAAACAGAGGCAGGGGAGUGGAUAUCUGGAACAACCUCAGGUCUGGGCGUGGAUGCGGGACCGUGUUCGUGAGCUAAACUCACCCGAUGCUUCAAAGGAUACUCCAUGCAGCAUUGGCGGCUACUAUGUCCCCAAUACAACCGGCUGUGCCAGGACCGAAGGUGUCAAAAAGAUUCUCAACUCGGAGAAGUCCAAGUACCUGCCUCACCACAUCAAGGUCCAGAAGGCCCGGGAGGAGAGGCAGGCGCAAAACGGGAAGGCGGGCAAGGACUCGGUCCUGGCUGCCGCAGAAGCCGCAAAGUUGGCGGCGGAGAGCCAGGUUGCUAGAGGCACCUCGCGUGCCAAUCGGGCGAACAACCGUCGUUUUGUGGCUGGUCUGCAUGACCAGAUAAGGGGUCUCGGCCAGGAUUCGGACGCCUUCAGGUUCAACCAGCUCAAAAAACGGAAGAAGCCCGUCAAGUUUGCUCGGUCGGCCAUCCACAACUGGGGACUGUACACUAUGGAGAACAUUCCCAAGGACGACAUGAUCAUCGAAUAUGUGGGCGAAGAAGUCCGGCAGGUGAUUGCAGAGCUCCGAGAGGCGAGAUAUCUCAAGAGCGGCAUAGGUAGCAGUUAUCUCUUCCGAAUUGAUGACAACACGGUCAUCGACGCGACCAAGAAGGGCGGCAUCGCGCGGUUCAUCAACCACAGCUGCAUGCCCAACUGCACGGCCAAGAUCAUCAAGGUGGAGGGUAGCAAAAGGAUUGUCAUUUAUGCCCUCCGGGACAUUGCUCAGAACGAGGAGCUAACAUACGACUACAAAUUUGAGCGUGAGAUAGGAGCUACGGACCGCAUUCCCUGCCUAUGCGGAACAGCGGCUUGCAAGGGCUUCCUCAACUAAUGCCUUUAAUGUCUUUUCACCCUUGCCCUUUUCUCAGGCAUCUUUCUUUUUCAAAAAAAAAAAAAAAAUUCACCAUGGGUCUGGGUUUGGCCACACUUAUGGCAGGCGCACGGCUAUUCUUUGUCCAAGGAGGAAAAACUGGAGUCCAUAUACUCAGGGCGCGCGGAUAGGGCUUAUUUCGGGGCAGGCGAAAGCGGGCAGGCAGGCUUCUGAGCAGGUUUGCCCUCUCACUUCUGAGGCUUAUUCACCAAGCAUUUGACAAGCGAUUUCAACUCUCACUUUAUGCCCGUUUCAUCAUGACUUGGGUACUUGAUUUGUUUUUCUCCUCCUUUCCCUUUUCUGGAGCUUAUUGAUUGGGCUUACUUGUGAUAAGGCGGUGCACGGAUAUGAUAAAAAGUCAACGUUGGAGAAGAAGACGAAACAGGAAGGGGAGCAGGCAAGCAAUGGGAAAUGAUGCUUGCUACCGCAAAAAUCCCUUUUGCUUUGAUAUCGUGG